UCGCUGAGUGGGGUCCUCUGUCCCAUCGUCUCUUAUAACAGGAAGAUUGAAGUCGAAGGUGGUUGGCCAAGAUGCCAGAAGAGAUGGCGGACGGUGGGAGGAAGCUUGUGACGCUCGAUGACCUCAUCGAUGCCCUGGACAAACGCAAGAGGGCGCCAAGCAAUGUCCCAAAGGUCGAGACAUUCCACUUCAAAGGGGAUCGGGUAUCUGAUUGGCUGGAUCUGACAGAGCAGGCGUUGGUGGGACUGUCAGAUGAGGUCAAGCUCCAGCGGGUCCUGAGGUAUGUCGUGCACAGUCACCAUCGGGAAGUAACUAAGGUUGUGGACGCCGCCGGUGGCAGUUGGGCAAAGUUUGGAGACCUAAUGCGCAGGAAGUAUAGGCUGGGGGACGGCCUGCUGACCAUGGCCGACUUGGAGGCCAUGAACAAAGAAGACUUCUCUAUCAUUGGGGCGUUUGUGCACGAGAUCAAGAAAAGGGCGAGGAAAGUGCACGAGAUUUCUGAGGAAGCGCAGUGCGCCACAUUUUUUGGGCUACUUACAGGCUCGGAGGCCACAGAGCUGGCGAAGUAUGGGGAAGGAAGCGAGAGGCUCACCUGGGCAACCAUUGACAAGGGAGUGGAAGAAGGGAGCCUGGACCAGGUGGAGCAGCACCAAAUGAGGCUGCAAAGGCGCAAGAGGAAGGAGAGGGAUGUUACUACAUCUGAGACCCCAGGGGUGAAGAGAAUAGUCACGGACGUGUUGGCGGCACUGGGGUAUGAUAGUGAGGCAGAACUACAGAAAAGAGUGGUGGCAGUGGCCCAAGGCCGGGCGUCAGRAGUAGGAGAUGAGGAGGCAGGGCGAGAAGACUACGGCGGAGGGGAGACGGGCUCCCAARCCCUGACUAAGGCCCAGAGGAAGCAGCGUAAUCUGCUACUGGGGGGACAGGGAUCAGGGAAAGGGCAGGCUCCCCAAGCCCUUGCCGCACUACCACCUGUCGCCGCGGCCGCCCCAGAGCUUGCGCCAGCCGGAUCAUCGCACAUGGGGCCGCCACCAUCUUGUAUGGGCCCCCCGAGCUACCCGGCGACUCAAAGCCAGCCCGUGACUCAACCGCCGUCCUCCCAGCAGGCCUCGCAAGCUAGUGUGGCCGGGGGAGGAGGCCAAGGACAAGGCGAGCAGGGCAAUGGGGGUCGGGGCCAAGGAGGUAGAGGAGGGGGCGGUUGGGGGCGAGGAGGAAAUAGUGGAGGCCGUGGAGGAGGCUGGAAUGGUCAAGGGGGUCAGAACCAAGGGGGCCAAGGUAGCCAGGGAGGGGGUCAAGGGUAUGGGAGGCCCCGCUUCGACUGGCGGAGCGCAACUUGUUGGCAUUGUGGCGAGGUGGGCCACACCGUACGAUUCUGCCAACAGCGGCGGGACGACGAAAAGGCAGGAUUAAUCUCCACCUGUAUGGACGGAGAUAUAUACGACCGGUGGGGAACGCACAUUGACCCCAAGACCCCGGGAGGAAUCAGGCAGGAAGCCCUUAGGCGGGCAACGGCCGGGCCUUCAGCAGCCCCAGCAAUGUUUAGGAUAUGGCAGGAGAGGCAAGACCCCGGCGUAAGAGUCGAGGAGAUUGUGGAUGAAAAUGAGGAAGUAACUCAGCGGUUGAAGGCGGGGACUAUAAAGGAGGAACCCAUAGUUGUGGAGUCUGACGAUGAGGCGCAGGAAGUGGUGAGAGAGCCAGCCUCGACCAUCCUGGAGAGGAUGGAGGACCUGCUUGCAAAGGUCGGCAGGUAUCAGGAUCGAUUAAGGGCAAUGUGUGAAAAGGUCCGGGAAUGGAAACUGAACCUUCCUGAGGUAAUGCUCUAUGGGUCCGGCCCGGAGUCAUCGUCAGGACCGCAAGGGUGUCCAAGUGUGGCUACGGCUGGGACAGGUCCUAGGUCAGGGAUGACCUUCAGACCCCCUACGUCGCAUGGAAGGGUACCACAGGCCGCGCAGACUAGGGGCCAAAGUAAGGCUACCACCAGUCAAGGGCCCAGCCAGGCACCCAGUCAGGCGCCCCCUCGAAAGGACCCUGAGCCCGAAGGAAGGAAGGAAGUGGUAAAGGUUCAAGAAGAGGAAGAUGAGGGUGAUGACGAAGAGGACGAGAGGCUCUGGCAGGAGGAGGACCGGAGGGCGGAACAGAGGACCAAGAAAAGGGGGGCUCAAGGAGGGGCGGAGCCGAGUCUGCAUGAUGGAGUGCAAAAAAGGAAGAAUUACGCAGUCCGGCUGGAGGAAGGCUUUGACGUGGAGCGAAUGGUGGAUAAGCUCCUGGAGGGCCAUAACAAUCUGAUGAACUUAAAGGACAUUUUGGCCUCAGCACCGAGGCUCCGGGGCGAGCUGAAAGGGCGGCUCUCGCGAAGGUUAGUGCCCAAUGUCCACCUGAGCUCAAUUCUGCCCAGGGAGAUAGAGUGGGCAGAGGCGGGCACCAGGAUGGACUGGAAAUGUGUGGCAUGUGGGUUGGUGGACCUGAAGGUGAGGGACCAGCCGAGCAUUGCAACGGUGGACACGGGCGCGGAGAUGAACAUCAUCCGGGAGCGGGACGCGACCAUGUUGGGGUUGGAGGUCGACCAUUCGGACCAUAGCGUGUUGCAUGGCGCCAACUGUAAGGCCAUUUUCUGCGGCACCGCGUCCAAUGUGAUGGUGGAGAUUGGGAGAGUAAAGGCGCGAACGUGCUUCUUCGUCAUGCACGACGUCGACCACCCUAUUCUUCUGGGGAGGUCGUUCCUCUGCCGAACGGAGACCUUGGUCUUCAACAGACAUGAGGGGACGAUGAUCCUGGCCCUAUCUGAUCUGGCCUGUGGGAAUUAUGAAAUCAUGAAGUGCCGGAACACAGGGCCCGGAAGUGGGAGGAAAAGGCUCAAUCUCGGCUCCUUUACCUUUGAGGAGUCUGAGUACGCGCGACGGAGACUCUGGGAGGAGCAGGAGGAGGAAGGAGCGGGCGAAGUAUUAUCCUUGAGCCUUAAUGAUGUGAAUAAGGCGAUGGAGGUGGUGGCGGCGCAUGAUAUGGCGGACCCUGAGGCUAUAAAGGCGUUGAGGGAGCAGGUCCUAGAAAGCCCUCAGGCAGGGCCGUGUCGCAUCAAUAAUGAGAAUGAGGAAGGGUUGAUAAUUGGCGAGCCGGGCUUCCUGUCGCCCCAGGAGAGGACCUUGAUGGUGGAGACCAUGAGGAGAAGGCAUUGCGCGUAUGCGUUUAAUGAUGAUGAGUGUGGGAGGUUGGACGUGGAUAAGAUCUCAAUGAUACGAAUCCAUACCGUCCCACACGAGCCAUGGAACCUGAAGGGUGCGCGGUAUCCGAAUCCGGAUGAGGAGAAGAAGGUGGUGGAUUACUUGGAUGGGAAGAUGAGGACGCACAUGAUAAGGGUCAUGCAGACAGUUAGUCCACAUAUCACGCAGCCCUACAUUAACGACUUGGCAGUCAAGGGUCCGAAGGAGAAGGAGGAAGACGAAGUGAUGCCAGAAGUGAGGCGGUUUGUCUGGAAGCACGUCCAGGAUAUCGAUCAGGUUCUGGGUCUGCUGGAAAAGCACAACCUUACGGCGAGUGGCCCCAAGUCGAAGCAUUGCAUGAGGGAGGUCACGAUUCUGGGCUUUGUCUGCAACGAGAAAGGGCGGAGGCCAGAUGUGAAAAAGACGGACAAGAUCCUGGAGUGGGAAGGAGGUUUGGUUCUAGGAGCUCCAAACUAUGAGGCCACGGAGGAGAAGCCAUUCGUUGUCGAGACGGAUGUUGGGCCAACUGCCUUAGGAGGAGUCCUGAUUCAGGCGGAUGCUGAUGGGAAGGAGAGGCCGCUGAGAUUUGAAAGCCGCACCCUCAAUACAACUGAAAGAAACUACUCGCAGUUCAAGAAAGAAACGUUGGCGGUGCUCCAUUGCCUAAGGACCUUCCGUAAUUACAUCUUUGGCAGGAGACUCAUUUUGAGGGUGGACCCUGCUGCGCUUGCGUGUUCCCUAAAAAGUUAUACUCCAUCUGACCCAACCAUCGCGAGGUGGCUGACCUACAUUUGGAUGUUUAACUUUGAGUUGAAGAGGAUUCCCGGGGACAAGAACAGGGCAGAUGGGUUGAGCCGUAUCAACUGGGAUGGGGCGGGUCAAGAGUCAAUUGAGGACACCCCACCAGUUGACAGAUUCUUGGAUCAGGAGGAGGAUGUCCGCCUCCACAUAAAUGAGUGGUCGCUGAGGGUGCCUAGCUGUGUCACGCAUCCUAUAUGGCUAGCACCAAGGGGGUACGAGCAGAAGGAGGAGUUGGUACUCAAACCCUUCCAGGAAGAAGAUCCGUGGGGGAGUAGGGAUGUUGGCUGGAUGAUGAGGUUGGCAUUGGCAGGGACACAUAGUCUAGCGGAGGAGAGGUUGAGAGCUUCCCCUAGGGGGCGUGAUGGCAUGCCCAUUCGAUUGGAGGAAGGGAACGCAGAUGAGUUCAUCCCCGCAUAUGAGCACUAUAUGUUGAGUCUGGGGGUUGCGCAGGGGGAGUGGGUGCAGGCCCUACUUAUCUGGACGAGGCGGGCAGAGAAGCAGGCGGUCAAGCAGAUUCAGGAGAGGGCUCGAGACUGGGAGGACUGUCAGGCCCAGCUUAGGAGGGCGUUCGGACGGCCACAGCACGAGAGGCACGAGCCCAGAGUUGAGAGGCGGCGGCGAAGCAAGAGGCCAAGGGAACCGGCACCGAGAGAGGCGGGGCUGGCCAGAGAGGGGAGGGGAGCCCUGGCCCAGCGGGAGGAUGAGCCCGUAGAGCCCGCAUUGGCAAGGGGGUCGUUCCCUGCUUGUGGCCUCCGGGCGGUUGAGUUUCGGCGGAUCACGAGCAAGGAGUUGAGGCCGCCCUCGCCAUUGCCAUCAACGCAGGAGCUGGACAUACCAAGAGAGACGUCGUUCCGAAGCUUGGCGACGCAUCUCGAUGUAUCCCAAUGGGAGGCCUCACGGCUGGGAGAGGGCUCGGUUGAGCCGGCGUGCUACGUGCCAUUGGAGGAGCCCCUCGACCCUGAGAUGGAGACAGGCAUGCGAGACCGAGAGGAGCCGCAGGACCCUGAGAUGGUAGCCGAGCGGCCAGAUCCGGUACGACCUCAGGGGAGAGAGGUGAUCACGGUUGGGGACGAUACCCCUCCAUGCUCCCCAGCUCCAGAGCCAGCACAGCGUUCAUGGCCAGAGGGGAUUCCUGAACCAGAUAGUGAGGAGAUCCCGGAGUUUCCCCCUGAGGCCACCACUAUACCUGAGCAGGAGGCAGAGGCGGGGAACCAGGGUGUGUGUGAGAGAGCAAGGAUGGAGGCGCCCCUUGACUUGCCCUUGGCCACGCAGGCGACCAAGAGCCCAGACAUCGAGGAGCCCAUUUCAACAGAGUUACCGCCAGUAGUGCCGCACGCGAGCAAAGGAAUGGAGGCGGAGGCGUCGACUCCAGGAGACCAGGGGCCGCGAAUGGGAGGAACCCCAAGGGAGACCCGCGAAGAGAAGUUCGCCCGAGUGCGGGUCCGCCUGGACGAGAUAUACGCAAGACAGGCUGAGAUGGAGGCGGCGGGGAUAGAGCCGACACCGCCGGUUGAGCUCAAGACGAGUGAGCAGAGGAUCGACGAGCUAUGGGCGUGGUAUGAGAGCCAGAGGGAUGCGGCCCGCCAGAGGUCACGAGAGGCAGGACAGGCAGGCGGGGAGACGAGUGAGUUGAGAGAGAUGGGGGACUUGGGGUUCUCCGCGACCAAGCAGGCGAUUGAGCGCAUGGAUCGGAGGGUAUGCGAGACGCCAGUCACAUCUUUCCAGUGGUAUAAUCUGCUCAGCAAUGAGCUUAGGGUUAAGGAGUUUGAGGUAGAGCACCUGACUACUCAGCUUGUCGAGGAGAGGGCCUCGCCGGGUCAGGGAGCAGCGGUGGAGGUCCCUCGACAAGCCGAGCCAAUGGAGGAGGCGCCCUUGGACGCAGUUGAGGAGGAAGGUGGUGCGCAGGAGUCGCUUAUGGCUAUGUCCACGGAGAGGAGAGGUUCGCGCUUGCAUGAGCUGGCGGCAGCCAUGGGGAUAGGCACUCCACAGGAGAGGCCUCAGAGACUCGACGCUCCAGAGCAUGCCCCGAGGUUGGGGGAGUUGAGGGCAGAGCUGGGCUCCUAGGCCACAAGGGCCGACUCAGGAGGGCCUGACUCGCGACGGCAACAACAGCAGGAGGUCAUGAGUGAGCCCGCCGCUA